UUUCUUACUUUUGUGUUUUUAUUCGAUCGAAUGCGAGUUUUCUUGCUUAAAACGGCAACAGUAGAACGGUUGGUGGGACCCACCGACCCCGACGAGAUCUUCUGUAGUAAGCAGAUUGUUGUUCUCUCCAUCAUGGAGUCCAGUAAAGCAGCCCAGCGUAAGCAGAGGCGGCGAGAGCUGGACGCCAGGAGGAGUAAAUAUCGUGUCAGGCUCGGAUCAUGGCCAGAGAGCUGGAGCACGCUCAAGGAACGGUUGGGUUUCUCUAACCACUCGGAGCUCGCAGAAUAUCUGCUGAACAGUUACUCCUCCAAGCUGUGCAGCCGGUGUUCAGGUAACAGGAAGGACUCGAUCACGGUGACUCUGACGUCCCUGCGUCAGCUGGUCAUGCUGGUACACGACCAUGCUCAGCAGUGUCCUCAGACCCCAAACCUACAGAUUGGCGCAGGUUGGCACCAGCUAACGGGGGGGCAGGAGGUGUCCGAAACGGAGGUGAAUCUAAAAAUCACCUGUGACGGAGGGGACACGUUCACGUGGUGUCCGAAACGCCCCGAUAACGAAGCCGGAGGUGAAGCGGAUCAAGUCGGGGGGGAAGAAUCCGGACCGAUAGAUCUGUCCGAACAGAAGGUCAGGAGAAAGGGGGUAAAAGGGGCAGGAGUGGGUACGACGGGGCAGAGGAGGCAAGACGAGGCUUCUGAUGACACCACACGACUCGAAAAGGAGGACGAGGCCGAGCAGAACCUCUCCGAAAAUAAUAAAGACGCAGAGCAGCCUGAACAGGAAACACAAUCACAGGAAGGAAGUGAUGCAGGGCGUGCAAUCCGGCCCCCAAAAAUCAGUUACAGGAGGGUUCCAGGAGAUAUUAGUGUAGUACCAAACUUAGCCAGGAGGAGGAGGAGAGCAGGUCAGCCUGAAGAACCUAAACCAGACAGCAUGGGUCAAGAUAGGAGAAUCAGUAAACCAAGUCUGAGGCUCAUUUUACCCUGUGAGUUUGACGGCUGCUGGAAGACGUUUUCCAGUCGUCGAUACCUCAACCAUCACAUGAAGUACCAACACUUCCAGCAGAGGAUGUUCGUCUGCACCCAUCAGUCAUGUGGGAAAUCCUUCAACUUCAAGAAGCACCUCAAAGAGCACGAGAAGCUGCACAGCGAUCAAAAGGACUACAUCUGUGAGUUCUGUGCUCGAGCCUUCCGGACCAGCAGCAACCUGAGAAUCCACCGCAGGAUCCACACUGGAGAGAAACCACUGCAGUGUGAGGUGUGUGGGUUCACCUGUCGUCAGAAAGCCUCUCUGAACUGGCACAUGCGUAAACACGAUGCUGAGCAGGGCUACCGGUUCCAGUGCGAUGUCUGCGGGCGCCGCUUCGAGAAGCGAGACAACGUCACGGCACACCGGAGCAAGAGCCACACCCAUCACAUGACCUCGGACCUCCCUGAAGAUCCCACCAUUGCUUAAUGAUCUCUCGCUUGUGUAGUUCCUUCCUGUGAGGGUCGCAGAGGUGCUGCCGUCAACCCAAAAACACUGGGUGCAGGGCAGAGAUACACAAUGAACAGGGCGUGUCCAGUCUACACUUAUGUUUAGGAGACUACAGUGGAAAACACUGGACGCAGGAUGGACACAGAAUAAAUCCUGGACAUACUGCCACUUUAUUGCAACACAAGGGACAAUUUAAAGCAGCCACUCCACCUUCUGCAUGUUUUUGGGAAGUGAAAUAAAUCCUAAUUUAGUAUAGGAGGUUAAUAUCAACCCUGGUCUUCACGACCCUGGACAUGCAUUGGCUAGCAUCACCCUUUUGGACACGAAAUUAUACCCAGUGACCGAAUUUACGUCCACCCUGUGCACGGUUCUGGAACAUAAUAGGAAACCGGAACACCCAGAGGAAAACCGCACAGGCACUUUAGAAUGCAACGUGUCUCACCGAUGGUGACCAGAGGCCCUGUGAUGGGUUGCCGUCCUGUCCGGGGUGUGCUACUGCACUGUACACAUUGCUUUCGGGCAAAUCUGAACCCACUGUGACCCUGACCAGUGGUAAAAAUGAAAUAAUGUGACAUUUUGAUUUUGCGUCCAGACCUUGGCAGCCGUCGGACGUCGGAAUGUUUAAAUACUAAUCACAUGUGAUGUUUUACUGGUACAGUGAUGGUUCUGGAUGGGAUUACUCCCAGCGUGCAUGUAAACAAAGAUUUUCAUCAGACUGUUGAGUAGAGUGAACAUAUAAACUGACUGCAUGUCUUUGGACUGUGGGAGGAAACCGGAGCACCCGGAAGAAACCCAGACGGACACUGGGAGAACAUGCAAACUCCACACAGAAAGGACCCUGACCGCCCCACUUGGGAAUCGAACCCACGACUUUCUAGACACAUUAAUGUUCGAAAAGGACGACUUGGAGCAGUCUGUGACUUCUGAUAAGAUAGACAGACAGAUAGAUAGAUAGAAAGACAGACAGACAGACAGAUACAUAGACAGACAGACAGACAGACAGGGUUGCAGUGGGUCUGAUUUACUGGCUGAAAGGUAGGAAAUACCCUGGACACGUCGCCAGUCCAUCACAUUCACACUUAGGGCAGUUGUUUGUAGUUCCAGUUGACCUGACUGCAUGUCUUUGGACUUGUUGGAGGAAACCCAAGCAGACACGAGGAGAACAUGCAAACUCCAUACCCUGAUAAACACACGGCAACCCUAAAUAAUCACAUAAUCACAAUCAAGGAAUUUGAUGACCACACCACAGAGGUCAAUUUACAACUCACUUAUUAUUAUUAUAUGGUCAUUAAUAAAAAAUGGUGCACAUUAUUAUUAUUUCUGGAGAUGUUGGUAUGAUUUAGAUCCUGAAAUAAACUUGUAAGUCAA